CGAAGCGCUUCAACUACAGUGAAGAAAAAAAACACAGGAGCAAAAGUUUUUUUUUUUUUUUUACACGAGGAUGGACGGAGUGAAGCGGUCGGACUAACGCAUUCAUUUAUCUAAAGGAAUACAAAAUAAGUUUGCUAUUUAGGAGGACGAACCACGUCUUUGUUCGGAACAGAAUUCUUUUGUGAAUUUUUGUGUGAACUUUUGUGGCGUAAAAGAAGGAACGUGUGUUUUUUUGGGGAGAGUUUGGGGGAAAAUGUCUUCUUCGCAGGAGCUCGUCGCUAUGAAAUAUGUCGCCCUUCUGCUUCUUUUCACCGCAGUUGAACUCCUACACGGGAAUAUGGAGAGUUUAGAGCCGUGUCCGAGUCCCUGUACGUGCAGGAGCACUUUACUGGACUGUAGCCGGCUUACAAAUGGGUCCAACCUUCCGAGACUCCCUUCCUGGAUCACGCAAGUGGACCUGAGCCAUAACAAAUUACAAACACUUCCUGAAGAGCUGCUUUCCCAAGCGUACCACCUAACCGAAAUAGAGCUGGAUAACAACAAGUUGAAGACGAUGCCGGAUUUUGGCCCGUAUUCUGGCAAUAUCAGCGUCCUCAUUCUAGCUAAUAACAAGAUCUCGAGCGUAUCGACGGAGCAGCUCCGAGCAUUGUCUGCACUGGAGAUCCUGGACCUCAGCAGUAACAAGCUGGUGGACGUGAAGCGAUUCCCUACUCUGCCUCUGAAAAACCUGUUCAUGAAUUACAACCACAUCUCUGUGUUGGCGCCGGACUGCUUUAAGAACCUAUCAGACACCCUGCUGUUGUUGAAACUGAACAGGAACCAUCUGAACUCCAUUCCUGCCAAAACCUUCCAGCUUGACAACCUUCAGCACCUAGAUCUGAGCAGGAACCGGCUGCGACGAAUCAAAAGCUUGUCCUUCAACGGCCUUCCCGCACUCCGCUCGUUAAAUAUGCAGAGGAACCGCAUCGUGCGUCUGUUGGACGGAGCAUUUUGGGGCCUCAGCAAACUGGAUAUCCUGCAGCUGGACUACAAUAAUUUGACCGCAGUGAGUAAGGGUUGGCUGUACGGGCUGUCGUCCUUGCAGAAUCUACAUGUGGCUCACAACGCCAUCAGUCGCAUCAAAGCGGACUCUUGGGAACCCUGUCAGAAACUCGCUGAGCUCGACCUCGGCUCUAAUCAGCUGGUACGUCUGGAAGAGGGAAGCUUCAUGCGCCUGAGCGAGCUGAAGCAGCUCUUUAUCGGCUACAACCAGGUCAGCUUCAUCGCUGACGGAGCCUUCAGAGACCUCACCAGUCUGCACACGCUGGAUCUGGAAUAUAAUGAGAUUUCCUGGACCAUUGAGGAUAUGAAUGGACCCUUUUCUGCACUGAACAGUCUUCGAAAUCUUUUUCUUCAGGGGAAUCAGAUUCGAUCAGUUACCAAGAAGUCUUUCACAGGACUGGACUUGCUGGAGCGCCUUGACCUCAGCAACAAUGCCAUCAUGUCAAUUCAAGGAAAUGCCUUCUCCCAGAUGAAAAAACUAGAAGAGCUGCACCUGAACACGUCAAGUCUGCUCUGUGACUGCCAGCUGAAGUGGUUCCCGCUGUGGGUGGCAGAGAGCGCCUUCCUCUCCUUGGGCAACGCCAGCUGUGCCCAUCCACAGCCAUUGAAGGCCAAGAGUGUCUUUGCGGUCAGCCAGGACGAAUUUGUGUGUGCUGAUUUCCCCAAACCGCAAAUCACAGUGCAGCCUGAGACGCAGUCAGCCAUCAAAGGCACCAACGUGACCUUUGUAUGCUCUGCAGCCAGCUCCAGUGACUCGCCCAUGACCUUCGCCUGGAAGAAGGACAACGAGGUACUGAACAACGCAGAGGUUCACAACCAGGUUCAUCUUCGAGCGCAAACGGGCGAUGGGAGCCAGGUUACUGAGUACACGACCACACUGCAGCUGCGCCAUGUGGAAUCUUCCAGCGAGGGCAAAUACCAGUGCGUCAUCUCCAACUACUUCGGUUCCACCUAUUCCACCAAGGCCAAACUUACUGUCCACAUGCUGCCGUCCUUUUCUAAAAUUCCUAUGGAUCUGACGGUCCGCGUGGGAGCCACAGCCCGGCUAGAGUGUGCCGCUACCGGGCAUCCAACUCCUCAGAUAGCCUGGCAGAAAGACGGAGGCACUGACUUUCCAGCUGCAAGAGAGCGGCGGAUGCAUGUUAUGCCCAGCGAUGCCGUCUUCUUCAUUGUGAAAGUGAAAACGGAAGAUAUUGGCGUGUACAGCUGCACUGCCCAGAAUACAGCUGGCGCUAUAUCUGCGAAUGCCACAUUAACUGUACUAGAAAUGCCCUCUUUCCUGCGGCCACUGGCGGACCGCACUGUAGCAAGAGGCGAGACUGCUGUGCUGCAGUGCAUCGCAGGUGGAAGCCCUCCCCCACGCCUAAAUUGGACCAAGGAUGACGGGCCACUAGCGUUGACCGAGCGCCAUUUUUUUGCUGCUGGAAACCAGCUCCUGAUCAUCGUAGAUGCAGCAGAGGCUGAUGCCGGCACUUACACCUGUGAGAUGUCUAACCCGCUUGGCACAGAGAGGGGGAAUGUGCGCCUGGCUGUCUUGCCAAACCCUAAUUGUGAGACAAACCAGGCAGGCACGGGGUUACUGGGCCCAGCCGGCAGUGGAUCAGAUGAGGAUGGCUGGACUACAGUGGGCAUCGUCAUAAUCGCUGUAGUGUGCUGUGUGGUGGGCACGUCACUGGUGUGGGUGGUCAUCAUCUACCACACACGCCGACGCAACGAGGACUGCAGUGUCACCAACACUGAUGAGACCAAUCUGCCAUCAGACAUUCCUAGCUAUCUGUCCUCUCAGGGAACCCUGGCAGAGCGCCAGGACGGCUACGUUCCCUCCGAGAGCGGCAGCAAUUACCAGUACGUGAGCUCUUCCUUGGGAGGAAUCUACAUGCAGCCUAAGGACAUGAAAGGUGUAUGUCAACUAGACACAGGAAGUGAAACGGACAUGGAGGUGGCCAUUGAUCCUAUGCUUUGCCAUUUCCAAGGGCCUGCCGGCACACUGAUGAGGAGAGGCAACCUGUAUGGCCCAGAGCCCACAGACACGUAUAUAGGCUGUGCUGCAGAUCAGAGGCUUAUGUGCAGAGAUUCUUACAGUCCAUCGCUCCCCGGCCUAAAAAAGCAAGAGUAUUACACACACACUCCCUCGCUGUCCUCAGACCCUAUUGACCACAUGAGCUCCGGGAUGCUGGUACAUCGUGAGUUGGGAGAAUGUAUCCAGUCACAGCCCCCUUCCGCCUCCUACAUGGGAACUUUUGGUAAAGCACCAUGGAUGUCCCAACAGGAGCAUUCCCCCAGCCUCUGCACUUCAGUCUCUCACAAAGGAGCGACACUUCAUGAAAACCUGCACACGCCCCUCGAUUACGACUCCGAGCGCGAGGACGACAUCUCCACUCGUUCGCUUUCCCAAAAUCUGAAGGCGGACCAAGAUGGCAGUGUGUACGAGCUGCCGUCCGACAACAGGACAGUAGAGAGCUCCCUGAGCUCUCAAGCCCAUUCGUAGCACCACAGGCAGAGAAACAGAGACUGCACACUCCGUUUAUUUAAAUGAAUUCUACCUCAGCUUGGACGCUUCUUGUGCACGCUGGUUUUGAAUGUAAAAGGUAAAAAUGAAAAUUUAAAAAAAAAAAAAAAAAAAUU